AAUGAAUUUAAAUCGAGAAAAAAAAAAUAUGCCAGAAAAAGAGAGCUUACACUGUUUGCAUGCUGAUAAAUAUAUAUGAUUUGUGGCUGGAGUUAAAUGGAAGAGCCAGCUUCUGUAACUCAUCUUCUCCUUCUCUUCCUCCUAGUUUGCAUAAUUCAUUGCCUUCUGUUCCCAAUGGAAUUACCCAGUGCGACCCAUUAUCGGAUAAAGACCAUAGAACUUUCUUACAGACUAUGUCACCGAUUUGAUGAAACUGAAAGGUUUUGUUGGGGGAAGGCACCCAAUAAAGCAUACAUUUUGAAGAAUGUGAGUUGUGAAGCGAAGCCCGGGGAGAUCAUGGCCAUUGCCGGCCCAAGUGGGGCAGGUAAGACAACAUUGUUGGAAAUACUGGCCGGAAUGAUCCCGCUGAGUAGAGUAUCAGGCCAUGUUUUGGUCAAUGAGCAGACAAUGAAUACUAGAUACUUUCAGAGAGUAUCCGGAUAUGUCACGCAGGAUGAAUCCCUCUUCCCAUUUCUUACUGUCAGAGAAACACUCAUGUACAGUGCACGUCUGAGGUUACAUGGCGGGUUCAAAAUGGCCGCAGCACGAGUGGGAGAGCUACUGAAGGAUCUUGGACUAGAGCAUGUCGAAAAUGCCAGGAUUGGAAAUGAAUCAAAGCGUGGCAUCUCGGGUGGUGAAAAACGCAGGGUCUCAAUUGGCGUUGAUCUGGUGCAUGAUCCAGCUGUUCUUCUGCUCGAUGAACCAACAUCAGGACUGGACUCAAGCUCAGCUCUUCAUGUCGCCUUUUUGCUUAAGUCCAUGGCUAUGAUGCAAGGUAAAACGAUCGUAUUAACCAUCCAUCAACCUGGUUUCCGGAUUCUUGAGCUAUUUGAUCAAAUUCUUUUGUUAUCAAAUGGAGCCGUUCUUCAUCAUGGAUCGCUGCAUCACCUGGAGCGGCUGCUUGUACUUGCUGGUCAUUCUGUUCCUCCGCAUGUUAAUGUGCUUGAAUUUGCCAUUGAGAUGGCCGAAAGAUUGGUUCUGGAUAUGGCAGAAAGCGAAAUCAAAGAAACUGAACAAGAAUUUGAGCAUAUCAGAGGGAAUCCUAACGGGGGCUAUGAUGAAGAGCACAAGAUAUGUUACGCUAAUAAUCAUUUCAAGGAAGUUUUGAUACUGAGCCAGAGAUUCUCCAGAAACAUUCUUAGAACAAAACAGCUCUUUGUUGUAAGAAUCAUUCAGGCAGUACUUGCUGGAUUUGUGCUUGGGACUAUUUUUAAAAGUGCAAGAAAUGAACCAAGUGUAUCACAGCUAAAAACUCAAAUUGGGUUUCUGGUCUUCAGCCUCAACUUCUUGCUGUCUUCCACAACUGAAGGCCUCCCUAUAUACUUGCGGGAGAGGAGGAUUUUAAUGAGAGAAACCUUGAGAGGAGCAUACAGAAUCUCUUCUUAUAUUAUAGCAAACACUCUUGUGUUCAUCCCUUUCCUCCUGAUAGUGGCUCUUCUAUACUCCACCCCAGUUUACUGGCUUGUUGGAUUGAGAAGGGAUAUGGAUAGUUUUCUCUACUUCUCACUGGUGUCUUGGAUGGUUUUGUUGAUGGCAAAUUCAUUCGUUCUGUGUUUCAGUACACUAGUGCCAAAUUUCAUCAUGGGGACAUCAUUAAUUACUGGGAUUAUGGGGUCCUUCUUUCUCUUUUCUGGGUAUUUCAUAACCAAAGAAGAAAUACCCUAUUACUGGAUUUUCAUGCACUACUUGAGUUUGUUUAAGUACCCAUUUGAGUGUUGUAUGAUAAAUGAGUUUGGAGGAGAAAAGGGAAAGAAGAGAUGUUUGGAGAGUGUAGAAGGGCAAUGUUAUCUGUAUGGUGACGGGCUUCUGAAGCAGCAAGGUUUGGUAGAGUCACUGAAGUGGAGUAAUUUAGGUGUGAUGCUGGGGUACGUCCUUGGAUACCGAUUUCUUUGUUUUCUAGUUCUAUGGUACAAAUCAAACAGAACCAGAACCUAAAAAGCUUUCUAACAAUCGAGGGAAAGGUCUAGAUUAAUUUUGUCUGUCCUCGUAAACAUCAACAUAUAUACUGGUCUGCAGUUAUCAUUGGUGGCUGGCCAUCGUUUUGCAGCUAAAUCUUAUCGAUGUUUGGCUAUCCAA